ACUACAACAACUUUCUUUCCCUUUUAGAAUAAAAACACACCGGCUGAUUUUCCUCUUCCAGUCGUUUCUUUGUAGAAAACUCACCAACACGGAGCCGAACGAGGAAGACGGACAACGACCCUCCCUAACUUCUGCAAUCAUGAUGUCGAUGAACAGCAAACAGCCUUUCAGUAUGCACCCCAUCCUGCAUGAGCCCAAAUACACUCCGCUGCACUCCAGCUCGGAGGCCAUCCGCAGGGCCUGCCUGCCCACGCCGUCGCUCCAGGGGAACAUCUUCGCGGGUUUCGAUGAGACUCUGCUGCAGAGGGCGGAGGCUCUGGCCGCGGUGGACAUUGUGGCCCAGAAGAGCCACCCGUUCAAACCGGACGCGACCUACCACACCAUGACCACCAUGACCAGCAUGACCUGCACCCCCACCUCCUCCUCCGCGCACCUGCACCACCCGUCCGUGCUCACCUCCCACCACCACCCCGCGCAGCACCACCCGUCUCAGGGCCUGGAGGGCGACCUGCUGGACCACCUCACACCGGGUAUCUCCCUGGGAGGCAUGCCCGGCUCGGACGUCUGCUCCUCGGCCUCGCACACCGCCCACGCCGCGCACAUGUCGGCCAUCAACCACAUGCAGCACCACCAUCACCAGCAGUCCAUGAACAUGCACCCGCACGGCCUGGGCUCCCACAGCUCCCUGGGGAGUGGGUUAGACGCGGAGCCGGAUCCCCGGGAGCUGGAGUCUUUCGCUGAGAGGUUCAAACAAAGGCGGAUCAAACUCGGGGUGACCCAGGCGGACGUGGGCGCGGCCCUGGCCAACCUAAAGAUCCCCGGGGUCGGAUGUCUAAGCCAGAGCACCAUCUGCAGGUUCGAGUCCCUGACGCUGUCUCACAACAACAUGGUGGCCCUGAAGCCGAUCCUGGAGGCCUGGUUGGAGGAGGCGGAGCGCGCGCAGAGGGAGAAGAUGGCCAAGCCGGAGAUCUUCAGCGGGGGGGACAAAAAGAGGAAACGGACAUCCAUCGCGGCCCCGGAGAAGCGCUCCCUCGAGGCCUACUUCGCCGUGCAGCCGAGGCCCUCCUCGGAGAAGAUCGCUGCCAUCGCGGAGAAACUGGACCUGAAAAAGAACGUGGUCCGGGUUUGGUUUUGCAAUCAGAGGCAAAAGCAGAAACGAAUGAAAUUUUCUGCCACGCACUAAAACCUGCGGGGAGAGAGAGAGAGACACCUGCCUCGUUUACAUAAAAACAAGACAAAUCAGAGACAAGCUGCUGCUGCGCACUGUCAGAAAAACAAGGUACACCGUGGAGCCCGUGGAGCUUUUCAAAUUGAACUAGUCUUAUUUUCCCCCCUCUGAUCAAACUUCAUCAUUAAGUGGUUUCUGCAGAAUUAUUUAUUUAUUUAAGCUGAAAACAAAAGAUGCUGCAUCACCACAUCGGCUGAAUUCCGUUUUUAUUAAGGAAACAAAACAAACAUUUUUGUGACUGAAUUAUGAACUCCAUUUCUUGUUAACCUUCCUCUCAGUGUUGUCCGCAUUGUAAAGGAACAUCCGGGUUGUUUGCACCAGAAAGUAUU